CUGGGAGUGGGACGCGCCGGCGCUUGUCGAACUCGGGUCGAAGUUUCCUUGCGAUGAUGAUGGUCGCUGCCUCGAGUAGACCAGCGUUGCAAUUGCAGCCGAACUCCGCCGCCCUGUCGUUCUCACCUCUGCCUACCAUUACCGGAAGAGACGACGAGGGUGGCCGCCGCCUUCUCCCGCUCCCGCUCUGCCUCUCUCCAUGGGCCAGGUCGAGAGCCAGGCCACUCCUCCGGCGGAGGAGCCUUCUCCAGCCGCCGUGGAGCCGUCGCCGCCGUCUCCUGCCCCGCCUCCCUCCUCCCUUGAGGCGCUUGCCGCAGAGGCAAUGUCAUUUGAUGAGGAUGGCACUGAGGAGUCAAUCGAUGUGAAGGUACAGAAAGCUCUGGACUGUCCGUGUGUUGCUGAUUUGAAAAAUGGUCCUUGUGGAGGUCAAUUCGUCGAUGCAUUUUCCUGCUUUCUCAGGAGCACAGAAGAAGAGAAGGGAUCAGAUUGCGUGAAACCCUUCAUCGCAUUGCAGGACUGCAUCAAAGCAAAUCCAGAGGCGUUCUCUAAGGAGAUUCUGGAGGAAGAGGAGAAUGAUGAGGAGGCAGAUAAGUCCAACCUGAAAGUCAGAGCUCCAUCAUGGUCCAGAGAAUCCAAGCCUAAGGUUUGAGAUUGCUUGGUAUUGACUGAUACGGAGUGAUAUUCAUCCAGUCUGCAGGUUCACCUCAUUCAACUAUAAGUUCGCCAGUAGUAGACUGAUUCCAGAGAGCACAGAGGCAUCAUAUUAUUGGCAGAAAUACCCAUAUUUUGUGUGGUAGAAAUGCCUCUCGGUAUUCACUUUGAGAAUGUACACGUCAUUUCAAGUAUCAUUCGAGAACCGACGAACUUGUAAUUUGAUUCAUAGCCAUACAGGGAAAGUUUGAUCAUCGCUGUAUUAUUAUAAAUAUGAAUAUGAAAUAUACAUAGGAUUAUCAUAAUCUAGAUUAUGAACUAUAAUAAUUAAUUAGAGUUUUUGAA